AUGGUUGAAGCCAAUCGCCUUAAUCUAGACACAGACAUCAAUCAAUAUUUGUCACCUAUUCUGAAUGUUGCACAUCCACAAUAUCCCAAUGUUACAAUUACUAUGCGACAUUUGCUUAUGCAUGCAUCUGGUAUCGGAGCAAACGCUGCAGUAGAAAUUGAGACUUAUACGCCGGGUGAUGCUUUCAUACGAAUAAAUUUGGGCGAUGUUCUCACGAAAUAUUUUAAUGGUGCAGCUGGCUGGUUACCUAUUCCACCUGGAAACAGAACUUCUUAUUCGAAUGCGGGUACUAAUUUAGCAGCAUUUGUUAUUGAACGUUUGGCUGGGAUGCGAUUCGAACAAUAUGUUCAAGAUAGAAUAUUAAAACCAUUGAAUGUUUUUUUUGAACCGAGAAAAUGGGAGAUUAUCGAUUGA